AAAAAAAAAAAAAAAAAAAAAAAAAAAAAAACUACUUUUAGUUAAAAGAAAUAAAUAACUAAAGCGCCACGAGGGAAGAGGAAAGGAUGGAAGGAUGGAGAUGGAGGGAUUUCCGACUGAAGCAAAACCAUUAAACACAAUCAGCUGAUUGCUCCAUGGCGCGCGCCGCACGGUGAGGACGUCCUCCGGUGUGAAUGAACUGAGCUCGAGCUCCGGUUUAACGGAACUGCACCUUAUUUCCUCACACUGUUCAGUCCUCUCUUCCUCUCACACUUCAUUCUGGCCGGCCCCGUGUCCUCUAAAGGAGAGGAGGACUUCCUCUCUAUAGCGGCGUCUCGUCUCAGCCACAGGAAGCGCGUGAUUGGCGCAGCAGUGGGCGUGGCCAUGGUGCUGGUGCUACUGGUUGCCAUCCCACUAUUGGUCCACAGCACUAAGCUGGGCGGAGUCGGAGGCGGAGUCGGAGGGACGCAUUACGAGAUGCUGGGUAGCUGUAAGAUGGUGUGCAACUCUCUCACGCCCAGUAACGAACUCACGCCCGUUUCCCCGCCUCCCCAUGACGUCCCCACACGCAGGGCCGGAGGGAAAUCCAGUUUCCGUGGGAUUCCAGGCCUACCAGGACCCCCAGGACCACGAGGGCCCCCUGGAGAGCCAGGUAAACCGGGUCCUCCGGGUCCACCAGGUCCAGGUCCAGGAGGAUAUGUCCCGUCAUUCUACAGCCCCAAAAUAGCGUUUUACGCCGGUCUGCGCAAACAGCACGAAGGCAGCGAGGUCCUCAAGUUUGACGACGUGGUGACCAACGUGGGAAAUUAUUACGAGCCCACGACAGGGAAGUUCACCUGCCCUUUACCUGGGAUCUACUUCUUCACUUACCACGUCCUCAUGCGGGGAGGAGACGGGACCAGCAUGUGGGCCGACCUCAAGAAGAACGGACAGGUGCGGGCGAGUGCCAUCGCUCAGGAUGCAGAUCAGAAUUACGACUACGCCUCCAACAGCGUGAUCCUGCACUUGGACGUGGGGGAUGAAGUGUGUGUGCAGCUGGAUGGAGGAAAAGUUCAUGGAGGAAACACCAACAAAUACAGCACCUUCAGCGGGUUUCUCAUCUACCCUGAUUAACACACACACACACACACACACACUCACACUCACACACACUCACACACACACACACACUCACACACACUCACUCACACACACACACACACACACACACACACACUCACACACACACACACACACACACUCACACACACUCACUCACACACACUCUCACAGUCACACACACACACUCACACACACUCACACUCACACACACUCACACUCACACACACUCACACACACACACUCACACACACUCUCACAGUCACACACACACACUCACACACACUCACACUCACACACACUCACACUCACACACACUCACACACACACACACACUCACACACACUCACUCACACACACUCUCACAGUCACACACACACACUCACACACACUCACACUCACACACACUCUCACAGUCACACACACACACACUCACACACUCACACACACACACACUCACACACUCACACACACACACACACACACACACACUCACACACUCA